AUGUAAGCGACAUCCAAAGCCCAUUAGAGACGCACAAUGUAGCUAAGGAAAGGAGGGGCAGGUCUUUUACCUGAAUGGUAGGCUACACUAUCCUAACAUCUAUUUUCUCAACGUCUAAUAUCCUAGCGAAAUAUCCUAGGAUGAAUUUGAACAACAGUUUCUGGAGGACAAACGAUGUUCGAGAGCGGAGACGGAAACGGACAUUAUGAGGAUAACGUGAGCGGAACAGGCCAGGAACCAGGGGAGGAUCGUGUUCUCAGCUGGAGGAGUUGUAAAUUGAUUAUUGACCCUGCUUUGACUGAUGGAUCACAAAAGCUUUAUCGUUAUGAUGGACAGUAUUUCAGCAAGGCGAACUCGGGGUUGUGUCCUGUGGAUGCUGUCAGAGAUCCAAGAAUACGGCGACUCUGGACUAAACUCAACCAUGCAGAUCUCCCAGUCCCACUGUUUCAUGCUGAUGAGUUUUAUGUUGGCCCUCCCAAGGAGGUAACAUUCGUCAGGCUGAAUGACAACGUGAGAGAGGCCUUCUUGACUGACAUGUGUAAGAAGUAUGGGCCGGUACAAGAAGUAGAGAUCUCCUACAGUCCGAAGAGCAAAAAACAUUUGGGAGUCGCUAAGGUGACUUUCUGUGCUGAGAGAGCAGCAAAGGAAGCUGUCCGUCGUUUACAUAACUCCUCCGUCAUGGGCAACAUCAUCCAUGUUGAGCUUGACCCCAAAGGUAAGAUUAUUCAGAUGUAAUAGCACUGUACUGUAGUGUUACUGUAUAUCAUAUUA